UUAAUACUUUAUCUUGCCACCGUAAACAAACAUAAUUCGUAAUGCAAGUAGUUCGAUGAUGCUUGCUGGUGAUGUAAUACUCAGUGCACCCUUUGGUUGUUCAGGAAGGGGUGAUCCACUUUCCCUAAUUCUCUUAAUGCUGCCUUGCACUGUUGCCUUCAGAGUACCAUCCUCUUUGGAAAUGCAACUCAUUGAGAGAACUUCCGACAUGUCCUUUUUAUCUUGGGUGAAGAGAAACACUUGGUUAGUGCUAUUGCGACCAACAAAAGAACAAUUUCCGAGAAAGAUGUGUAUGGAAUUUGGUUCCCCAUUGUCAAGAAACUUGUUUGUAUCGAGAAGGUUAUUAGAAUGAAACAGGGUGAAAAUGUAAGCCUAUACACAACUAAAAGAAAACAAGCUGCAUAUCCCAACUUUGAGAAAGUGAGAAGAUUCGAAACUGAUAUACGAUUGCUUUUGGAUUACGACAAGUAUGAGUUUGAUUUAUGCGUGGGUAAAGUGGCAAUAAAUUCAAAUGAUACAGACAAGCUGAUACAUAACAGGAACAAGUGUCUGCGCGAAGCGAAAGAAAUUGUCGAUCAUCAUUUGGAAACAGGCAUGAAAGAGAACGUUGUUGGUUGGACCCUUCAAAUAGCCGGUCUUGAAGCUUGUUUGAUGUCAAUACAACUAUACCGAGAAGGCUAUUACACACAAAAAGCCCGCAUUUCUUUAAACGGUGGAUGAGCUGUUGAGCCUUUUUAAUACAGUGGUGCACACUUAAUAUACUGUUUAUAACGUUGUAUAAACAUCUAGAAUAGUACACCAAAUUCAAUCUGAACAAAACUAAAAGAUUAGUCAAAUAGAAUUAACAGUAGUAUACCAGGAAUAUCUGUACCAUAUCUCCACACUUAAUCCAAAUUUGGAUCGUUACUUCUCGUUAAGCCAUUUUAAUUUUUUAAAAAAGUAUACACAAUUUUAGAAGAAUUGAAGCACUU